AUUCUCCAUUCUUGCUAAAGCAAUUUAACACCAAGUUAAGUAUAAACAAUUUGUUGCUCAAAAAAAAAAGUAUAAACAAUUUAACUCCAGUUUAUGAUUUAAUGAUUUUAAGUUUUUACUUUGUAAUUUUUUUUUCUAGGUACUUUAUGUGAGAUAACCAAAAUUCUGGUUUUCAAAAAGUAUUGUAUUUUUGAAUAAAUUGAAUGUUGUAUUUUAAAUAAAUCGAAAUAAUAUUCCUAAGUAUUUGUUUAUAAUUAUGAGAAAGUGUUCAGUGUGUGAUGAGGGAUUUUUAUGUAGCUUUUCAUAUGUUUUUUAGAGUAACGAUACUAUAAAAGAUUUACUCAUGACAAGUCUGAAUUCAGUACCCAAAAUAUUUAUUUGGUCUGUAACUCUGUAUAAUGAUUUUUUUUAACCAGGAAUGUACUAUCAUACUAAAUUAAUGCCAUGUUGACAAAAAUAGGAGUAAUAAUGUUUUAUUUUUGGUGUGUAUAUUAAAGUCUUUUUUGGCUUGUCCAACUAGACUUCAUUGAUGUCUGUACACACCCAACACUCUCCUUCCUCCCCCAACGGUCAUAUUUCUCCGACAAUAUACAAACGGUAACUAAACCUUUAACUACUUUUCCACCGUUCGAUUAUGUAAAUCCAACGGCUCAGAAACAUCCUGAUUGCCUCGUGCAUCACUCACUCUGCCCCAAAAAAAAAAACAAUUUAGUGUAAAAAGAAAAGUGACUUCAAUUCUCGAAGACCCAACAAGAAAACAAACUGAAAAAGUUGGUGAGAAGUAUGGUAUUAGUAGAACAACCCUGUAUACUACCACAUUCUGUAGAGUGUUGAGAGAGAGAGAGAGAACCAAAAGUGAGUGAGAGUGAGAGAGAGAAACCAGAGAGAGAGAGACAACAAGAAAGAAAAGGAUUAUAGCAGUCACAGUAAUCUCUGAGUGAAGUUCUGAUCUGGGUUUUGUGUUUUUGGGUUUCUUGAUCUGGGAAAUUUGGCAAACCGGGAUGGAAAACCGGAAUGGAGAACCGGGUCUACAAAGUCUGUUCAUCAACGGAGGAGAUCAUCUUCUUCAACAACAGCUUCCUCUGUUCAUGAUGAUGUGAUUUUCGUUGGUCAUCAUUAUCAUCAACAUUUUAGAUUUUGUUUGUUAAAAAAAACUUGAAGGAAUCCGAUGAUUGUGUGUUUAUGGUAGAUUGAUUUGAUUAAGUUUUAUAGAUUAGUUCUAUUCUUUCAUUCUUUUAUUUGAUUAUAUAUUUUAUUUAGGGGAGGGGAUUCAUUUCAUUUUCUAUUUAUUUGCAUAUUAAGUCCCAAAAAAAAAAAAAUCAUUCAUAUAGGAUUUUCACUUUGAUUUCUCAAAUUAUUUUGAUUUUUCUUUUCCCAUCGGAUUCCAUUUUUUUAAUCAAUUGUUGUUUGUGCAAACAGACACUUAGACCAUAUCACUCACAUAGAUUAAUUUGGGGGUGGGUAGAUAUUAUUGUAGAGGAUGUUGGCAGGUUGUUCAAGUUCAUCAUUGUUGUCACCGACCAGAAGAUUAAGGAGUGAAGCAGUAGCAGCAGCAGCAGCAACAUCAUCAGCCGUAUCAGUACAUUUUCCCAUGAACACACAAAGAUUGGACUUACCCUGCAGCAGUAGUAACUUCCCCCGCAAGGAAACACCUACAAACCGACCACUUGGACGCAGCAUCUCACUCGACAACACCAACAACAACAACAAAGCUGGUGGAUGUUCGAUUAAGCAGAGCAUAAAGCUUCCACCUUUGGCAACAACAAGAGGAAAUGCAGAUGGGUUUUCAUGGAACAACGACAACAACAACAACAGAGGGACGAAGAGUUUGAAGAGAUUGGCUGAAGACAAGGAGGAUGAGUCUUGUCUGAGCAGAGUGAAGAGGCAAAGAGGUGAUAAUGAUGAAAAGUUGAUCUCUACUCAGCCUUUACCGGGUCAUCCACACUGGGUUAACUCGGUGAUAACCGAGUUAGCUGGUUUAGGAGAUAAAGACAUUGAGAGUAGCCGUCCUGCUUCAGGAUCAUCAACAAGCGCAUCAGCAGAGAGUCACAGCUUCAGACACAGAGUACCAGUACCCACAAACGGUUCAAGGCAUCCAUAUUCACAACACGGAGGAGGCAGCACAGAGAGAAGGACCAUUGAGAACAUCAACAACAACAACAAUCACAGGAACGACACACAGAGAGACUUGGAGCUUGUGAAUCUCCUUACCGGAUGCUUAGAAGCGAUCAGAACAAGAAACAUAGCAGCUAUCAACCAUUUCAUUGCAAGAAGCGGUGAACUUGCUUCUCCUAGAGGAACAACACCAAUGACUCGUCUCAUAGCUUACUACACCGAAGCUUUAGCUCUAAGAGUGGCUCGCAUGUGGCCUCACAUCUUCCACAUCACGCCGCCUCGUGACUUCGAGGACGAGUCAGCAAACGCGUUACGGUUCUUGAACCAAGUGACACCAAUCCCAAAGUUCAUUCACUACACAGCGAACUCGAUGCUACUAAGAGCCUUCCAAGGGAAAGAGAGAGUCCACAUCAUCGACUUCGACAUCAAACAAGGCUUACAAUGGCCCAGCUUCUUCCAAAGCCUAGCUUCAAGGCCCAUUCCACCGCGCCACGUGCGCAUCACAGGCGUUGGAGAGUCCAAACACGAGCUCAACGAGACGGGAGACCGUCUCCACGGCUUCGCGGAGGCGAUGCAUCUCCAGUUCGAGUUCCACCCCGUCGUCGACAGGCUCGAGGACGUUAGGCUGUGGAUGCUCCACGUCAAGGAAGGCGAAGCCGUCGCCGUGAACUGCGUUUCGCAGAUGCACAAGACACUUUACGACGGGACAGGAGCCGCGGUUAGGGACUUUGCGGGUUUGGUCAGAAGCACGAACCCUGUGGCUGUCGUUAUUGCGGAACAGGAAGCGGAACACAACUCGACGCAGCUGGAGACGAGAGUGUUUAACUCGUUAAAGUACUACUCAGCGGGUUUUGACGUGAUGCACAAGCGUCUAGGUGCGGACAGCUUGAUGAGGGUUAAGAUCGAGGAGGUUUUGUUCGGGAGAGAGAUCAGGAACAUUGUGGCGUGUGAAGGAAGUCAUCGGCAGGAGAGGCAUGUGGGUUUUGGGGAGUGGAGGAGGAUGAUGGAGCAGUUAGGGUUUCGGAGUCUUGGAGUUUCGGAGAGAGAGGUUUUGCAGAGCAAGAUGCUGCUUAGGAUGUAUGGAGAUGGUGAUGAGGAGUUCUUUAACGUGGAGAGGAGCGAUGAAGAUGGAGGAGGAGUCACGUUGCGGUGGUUGGAUCAGCCGCUUUACACGGUCUCGGCUUGGAGUGGCGGAGGGAGUUCUUAGUUUUGAGAAAAAAGGUUAUUUAAUGAGUAUUAUACAUUUAGGGAUUUGGAGUCUAUAGAGAAAUGGGUAUAAGUUUUUUUUUUUUAAAGAAAAUUGGUUUUAUUCUUUUAUUCUUUUUCUUGGGGUGGGAAAUUUUUAUAAAUGAAGGCUAAGAAGAAAUAUUUUGUAUUAGUUUGGAUCUUAUAUUCUUUUUUUUUUGUCAUCCAUCUUAUAUCCUUUUUGAAUAAGAAAAUGAAGUAGUUUUAUAUUUUGAAUCAGCAAGAUUUAGUAAUAUGUUGAUUUACUAUUCGUGAGGAGAUUUUAAUUUUAUAUCAAAAACAACAACACAAAUAUAUUAGUUUGAUUUUUCUAUCGAAUCAACAAGAUUUAGUGAUAUUUUGCUUUUACCUUUAUAUUGAAAACAACAAACAAAUGUAUUAGUUUGAUUUUUAUAUUGGAUCAACAAAAUUUAGUGAUAUUUUACUUCACUAUUUGUGAGAAAAUUUACUUUAUAUUAAAAGCAACAAAAAUGUAUUAGUUUGAUUUUUGGGUCAAUUUGCUGAAUAACCAACUUUGGCAUCAAAAUUAAGCGAGUAGCAUUGAUUUUGACGUAAUGUAAUAUCUAUCAUUUAUGCCAAUUGUUAUCCGGUUCUGCCCCUUCUUCCUGUAAUCAUCCGGUAAUAUUGUAUUGCUAGAUAUGACUUGGUCAAAAUAACGUAGGGUAAAGAUUAAAUUAAAUACUACUUUAUUUGAUAGAAACACAUGCAGCCACGUACCAAUUUAAUCCACCCAAAAUUUUCUUAUUGCUGGUCAAUAAUGAAUCACUAUUAUUUACAAACACAUCACGUAAAAGAACUCAUGUCACAAAUUUACUUAUAACAUAUUUAUUUACUAUAUGAAGUAGAAUGAACGGAUAGAAACAUAAUUUAAAAAAAAAAAGUGUAUAAACCCUAAACCCAAAAAAACAUAAAUUUCCAAAUACUAAAUCCUAAACUCUAAUCACUAAACCCUAAC